AUGUUUGAAGAACAGCAAGAGGAAGACAUAUUUAGUAUCCAUGAUUUUGAAGAAUUAUUAUCAUUAGAUGAUAUAUUUGUGGAUUAUUUUAAUGAAUUUCUAAAAUGUAAUGUUUUUCCACAAAAAAUUUAUUAUGAUCGCGACUUACAUACAUUUGUGGAGAAGAAAGAUGAGAAUAAUAACUAUAAUAUUGAAAAACAUGGUGUAGACAACGAUGAUGAUAAACUAUUUCAAUUUGAUGAUAUUAAAAUAAAUGAUAAUACAAAAACAAAAACAUUUGAUAAAGUGCGUCAAGUACAAAUGAUACAAUGGGCAAUGAAGGAACGUUUAAAAUUAUUUUGGUGUACAGAACUCUAUCGACAAUAUAAAUUAUGUAAACAAAUUCUACGACCAUGGACAAUAGACAAAUAUACAUCAUUGUAUUCUAGUCAAGACAUUGGUGGUUAUAGUCAUACGAGUGUAUACACAAGUCAAAUAUCGUUAUCAACAGAAUAUUCAGAUACAGAUUAUACUGAUCAAGUACAUAACAAUACUAGUAGAAGUAAUAAUAAUAACAGCAGUGAUACAAACGCCAUAUUUGAAGAUUUAUUGAUGGCAUUAGAACUUCGAAUGCCAAAAGUAUUUUUAAGACCCGAACGUCGAGCACACAGUGUUCCUGUCUAUGUAGAGAAUACAAAAACGAUGCAUACAAAAUCGGCAGACUCAAAGUUAUUUAACAUAUCGAAAAGAUCGAGUAGUAGUAAAACAAGUGAAAAAAUAUCAAAAUCAAUAGCAUUAAAAGAGACAACAACAACAAUGGCAUCUCUGUGUGAAGAUAGUCAUAUCACACAACCACCGUUUGUACCCGAAGAUGAACUUUAUUUAUGGAAUAUAAAUGACAUGAUCGGUGAUGAUGAUGAAGAAAUUUUAAAUUUUGAAUUAGAAAAUUCGAUAGAACAAUUAAAAUUCAAAUAUCUAGGUUCACAUUCAAAUAUGCAAAAUUUUAUUCAAUUUCUUAAAUCUACAAAUGGUUAUGAUUUAUAUCGUUUUUGGAUGGAUUGUGAAUUUUAUAAGGAUACAAUGAAAGGAUUAGAUAAAAAUAGUGUGCCAUAUACACGUCUAUUUCGAGAUUUAAAUGAAAAAUAUCAUUUUCCAUUUAUGUGUCAUUUAAAAAAUAAAAUUCGUACUUUCUAUAGAAAAAAUCAAAAUGGUUCAUUAACUGAUGAUAGUUUCUUACAAUUUCAAUAUGAUAUUCUUCGAAGACUACGUAUUUAUUGGUGUUCAAGAUAUAUUACUCAUCAAUUAUUUAUUCAUAAUUAUCAUUCAAAAAAUAAAAUAUCCAAUGUUUGUUUAUAUCCUAUUGAUAAUAAAAUUGUAUCAAAAUUAGCUGAUAUGACACAAGUAUUUUUAUCCAAUGAUUAUACAAAUAAUAAAAUACAUAUAAAUAAUUUAAUAUUAAAUUAUAAACAAAAAUCAAUUAAACUAGAAUUAGAUCGAUUAUUUUCAACAAAAUUUAUGAAAAUUUUUUAUAAAUCAAUACAACAAGAUAAAAUAGCUGGUGGCCUAUUUCUUCGUUAUAUAGCCUAUAAUGAACAACAUUUAUUAUCGCUCAUAUUAUUUUGUUAUGAUGUAGAUGAUUUUCGUUAUUCUGAUCUAGAUGACAAAGUAUUCGAAGGACAACAUGCAUUAUCAAUUAUUAAUACGUAUUUUGGAAAUUCUGCUAAAUUAUCACUUGACAAAUAUUUACCAAAUGUUGACAUUCAAACAAUGAGAAUAUGUAUUCAAAUGUAUGAGUUUAAUAAAUUAUUUUUUGAAAUAUUAUACAAACAAGUUUUAAUAUUUUUGAAAGAUCCAUGGUUAAGAUGUUUAAAAUUUGACAUUGAUCAAUUGACAAUGGCUUAUUAUCUUUUAGUAGAAGAAAAAAAUAGAAAUAAUGAAGAUGAAAUAGAAGAUAACAAGGAGAUUGUUCAAAAUACAAUGAAUUACAAUAAUCAAGUAAAAAAAAGUGAAUUAAACGUUUCAUUUAGAAUUCAAUCAUCGAAUACUGAAAUGAAAAUAAUAAAUGAUACUGUUUAUGUAAAACGUCCAUGGGUCGAACAAUAUCUCUCAUCAACUACCAUUGAACAACAACAACAACAACAAUGUCUCAUAAAAAUAAUCGAUCUUCCUCUCAUAACAGAUGAAGAACGUGAACGGAUUCGUCUUGAAAGACUUGAACGUUUGACAAAAAUGAAAAUAGCACGUAAAAAAGCUUUAAAAGCAGCGAGACAACGACAACGAUUAGAAGCUGAUGCUAAACGUCUAUUAAAUCGUCUUAGAACUAGUACUAAUCUAAAUACCGGUAAUGUUUUACAUAUUGAUUGUAUACUAAAUGCAUCUACAUUAUCAUCCAAUAAUAAUAAACGUCCACUAUUAAAUUAUUUUCAACGAUAUCUUAAAUUAAAAAAUAUCAAACUUAAUAAUAAGUUAGCAUUGAUAUUUGAUAUAAUAAAAUUUAUGAAUACAACAAAUGAUUUAAAUAAACGACAAAUACUUGAUAAAAUAAAAAAAUUAUAUUUUAAUAGUCAAUCAGAACGAACAAUUUUACCGGUAAAUGAAAAAUUAACAAAACAAUUAAAUAAUGAUCAAUUUAAUCCAUCAUUUUUACGUUUAGUCUAUAAAGAAUUACGUUAUGAACUUGAAGGUGAAUUUGUAUUAUUUUGUGAAGAUUGUACAAAAGAAUUUCAAAUUCAAUCACUUAAAGAAUUUCUAUCAAAAUCGAAUACAGAAUUGGUAAUGUUAUUCAAUGAAUCAAGUAAUUAUUCUACAAGUGAAAGUAAUAAAUUUGAUGAUGAUGAUGAAGAUAAAACAGAAGUAGAUGAAUAUGAUGAAAAUAAUGAUGGUAAAAGGAAACCAAAGAAAAAACAUUUGACCGAAUUAAUGAAUUUAAUACAAGACGAAGCAAUAGGAAAAUACAAUCCACAAUUUUUCUAUUUCUAUGCCUAUUUAACACAUUUUAUUAAUAAAGACGAAACACCAUAUUUAGAUCGUGAUCUUCUAUUUUGUAUUGAUGUAUUACGUAUGAAACAGAUAACCAAUAAUGCAAUAUUACAAGCAAAAUUAAAAUAUAUCCUCGAAACAUAUUUAUCAUCACCGACAAUUCAAAUUGAUCUAAUAAAUGAUGAGUUAAACAUGCGCAUGAUAAAAUCAUUACAAAAAGCGAUUCAAUCAAAUAUACAUGAAUACAGUGCGUUUGAUCAUGCACGAAUACAAUUAAUUAAAGAAAAAUUAGUGUUCUAUUAUGCCGGUUUUAAAAAUUAUUUAUUUUAUCAAAAUUCUAAGAAUAAUCAUUUAACAAAAAAAUCAAAUUUUCCUAUUUUGAAAACAACAAUCCAUCCGAAUAUGAAUAUUAAACAAAAAUCAACUAACAAUGUCCUCCUAACAGAAUUAAAAGAGAAUAAACAACAAAUGAAACAAAAAUCAUCGACAUAUACGUCGAUCACUCAAACCAUAUUGAAACAUUCGACUUCAACACCACCACAAGAUCUAACAACAAUGACAAAAACACAACGAGUACUCGAUGCACGUAUGGACGAAUUUCAACGUAUCAAAUUACCAAAAGUAACCGAUGUACAAUUUCCAAAAAAAACUCAAAUGAUGGAAAAAUAUGCACAGAAUAAUGAUGAAAAAGAUCAGUCAAAUAGUGUCAACAGUAAACAUGGGUGUGUACUCAUAAACUACACACUCACUGGUGGAUUAAAGGUCAAAGUUAUCGAUAAAGACAAACCAGAUAUCACUUUUGUUAAUGUUAAUAAUAAUGCGACAACGGAUAUUUCAUUUCAACAAGAUAAUGUGACUAUCACUGCACCCGUGUAUGAAGAAGCGAUUACAAAUUUUGAUCAAUCGUUUUCGUAG